AUGGACUCACUGCCACCAAAAGAAGAAACUUUUUUAUAUUCAACAUCUGCAUUUACACAACACAACAGUGUAAUGGCCAUUGAACCAAACACCUUUUCAGGAAAUCAUCCAUUCAUUUUAGAGUCUUCAAAAGAUGUAGAAGAAGACAAAAAACAAAAACAAAAUAUAAAUACAAUGAAUAGUAAAAAAGUUCACAGAACAAAAAGUUUCUAUAAACUUCUUUUAAAAAAUAGAUAUACAAUAAAUAAAAUGGUUAAAAAAUUAGAACAACUCAAAUUAAAUACUAGUAAAUUACAACAACAGUAUUUGUCUAGUCUUAUUAGAUUAAAAACAUUAAAAAAUUCAUUACAAGCUUGUCCUAUUUAUCAUGUAGCUAUGGAAGAAUACAAAUUUCAAAAAGAAAGAAAAACACCAAUUGAUUUUAUUAUUCUUCCACCUUUAAAAUUAAAAGAUCAACAAAGCCAAGUUGAAACAAUUAAAAGUCAAUUAUCAGCUCCCCUCUUUCAUUCUUUAACUGAAGAUAAAUAUGAUGAAGUUCCUUCUUCUUUUAUUUCUAUUCCUAGUUAA